AUGGACAUAAACAUGACCCGUCCGGACAACGCCACCCUCCUCAUGCUGAAGAACCCGGCCAUCGCGGUCGUCCUGCCCGUGGUGUACUCCCUGGUCGCGCUCAUCAGCAUCCCGGGAAACUCCUUCUCGCUCUGGGUGCUCUGCCGCCACAUCGGCCCCAAGUCCCCGUCCGUCAUCUUCAUGAUCAACCUGAGCGUCACGGACCUGGCGCUGGCCUGUGUCCUCCCCUUCCAGAUCUACUACCACUGCAACGGGAACCACUGGGUGUUCGGGCGCAGCCUGUGCACCCUCGUGACCCUGGUCUUCUACGCCAACAUGUACUCGUCCAUCCUCACCAUGACCUGCAUCAGCGUGGACCGCUUCUUGGGCGUCGUGUACCCGCUGGCCUCCGCGCGCUGGCGGCGGCGGCGCUACGCCGUGGCCGCCUGCGUGGCCAUGUGGGUGCUCCUCCUGGUCGCCCUGUCCCCGCUGGCCCGGACGGACCUCACGUACACCGUGAAGGAGCUGGGCAUCGUCACCUGCUUUGACGUCCUCAAGUCCACCAUGCUGCCCAGCGUGGCCAUGUGGGCCAUGUUCCUCUUCACGCUCUUCAUCGUCCUGUUCCUCAUCCCGUUCGUGGUCACCGUGGCCUGCUACACGGCCACCAUCCUGAAGCUGCUGCGCACCCCGCACUCGGAGUGCCCGGGCCAGGGCCAGCGGCGCCGCGCCGUGGGCCUGGCGGCCGUGGUCCUCCUGGCCUUCGUCACCUGCUUCGCGCCCAACAACUUCGUGCUCCUGGCGCACAUGGUCGGCCGCCUGUUCGUGGGCACCAGCUACUACCACGUGUACAAGCUCACGCUGUGCCUCAGCUGCGUCAACAACUGCCUGGACCCCUUCGUGUACUACUUCGCCUCCCGCGAGUUCCAGCUGCGGCUGCGGCACUACCUCCGCGCGGGGCGGCCGCGGCCCAGCGCCCUGGACGCGCCCCGGAGCAGCCUGUUCUCGGCCCGCACGCUGCUGGCGCCCUCCGUGUCCAGCGGCCACGCCGACGGGCUGGAGGCGGCCGCCCGGCCCUUCCUGCAGAGGCAGGAGAGCGUGUUCUGA